AUGAGAAGUAUAUUAGUGACGAGUAAAAAUCGCCUAAAAGUCGAGCUGUUUGUUGGAUGGAAUUCGGUGCGAAUAACUGCUCCUCACCAGCUUGAACUUAACUUAGCGCCUCGGUUUCGAGGAUAA